AUGAAAGAUUAUUUGAGCGAUUGUGAAAGGAAGAGGCGCGACCACGCAGACCAUGCGGAAACGAUGGCCAAGCACUUCAAGCCCCGCGCAUCCCCAUCCCCUCUCCCCGUUUUUCCCAUCCUUAUCCCCGCUCCCCUCACUUCCCCACCCCAACUUACCCUUCCCCCCCCCGUCUUCCCCACCCCCCCGUCUUCCCCCAUCCUCCAGAUGUCGCUCUCGCAGCUAAGCUUGGAUCGCGCGGCGGAGAUUCUGAAAACGGGCGACGCGGACGCGUCGGACGCGGUCUUUAAGCUCUCGGGCGCCGCGACGAUGGCGGACAAUUGUCAGGGCGCGUUCGAUUUCGAGGACGUGGCGGUCCCGGCCUCUCUUAGCGGCAGCGACCAGAGAACCAGUGAAGGGGGGCCACGUGGCAGCACUGUAGAAUCGCCGCCUGUCAACGGUCAGGAUGGCGCCGUGGCAUCCGACAGUCGAUUGUUGGCUGAAUCAGGGCCGUCCGUGAUGGGAGGCGUUGAGGGAGAGGUGAGAAGGAGAAGGAGGAGGGUGCAGGAGGGGGGUGUUGGGGAGAGAGGGGGAGAAGAGGGGGGUGUUGGAGAGAGAGGGGGAGAAGAGGGGGGUGUGGACGAUGGAGGGGAUGUGGAGAAGGAGGAGGGAGGAGAAGAAGAUGUGGGAGGAGUUGAGGGGGAACAAAUGGCAGGAGGUGAGGGAGGGGAAGGGGAAAACGAGAUGGAGGGUGAGGAAAGGGGAGAGGUUACGGGAGAGACAGGGGUAGAGCAAGGAGAAGUAGAAGGAGAGAUUGUGGGAGAUGAAGAGUACACGAGUCCCCAAGACCCAUAUUCAGAUAUUGAUCCUUAUUUGGGCCCCUCUGGAUCUUCUGACGUGUCUGAGGGUGUGGAAGAACCAAUUUCUGACGUGGAUGACCCCACAGCUGACGUGGACAGCCCCACUGCCAGCACAGAGCCAGCAGAAACCGAGGGACAGAAACGCACUCCCUCUUCCCCCUCCUCCUUAUCCUCCUCCUCCUCCCUCCUACAAGCCAACGGCACUGCUGACCCUCCAACGGCACCCCCCUCUUCGCCCCCGCCCAACCCUCCUCCUUCCCCCAAAAAGCCCCCAACCCUCCCCCCCGAUUGCCCCAAGCCCGUAGUGCGCCCUCCCCCCAUCCUUCCGCCAUUCUCCAUCCCCCGGCUUAUGCCAAACCUGGUGGUGGCACAGGACGGAUCCGGGGACUUCACUACUAUCCAGGACGCGCUCCUCGCAGCUCCCAAGAAGCCCAAGGGCCGAUUCGUGAUUCUCGUGAUGCCAGGUGUUUACAACGAGCGCUUCGAAGUUGGGAAACCCAACAUCACAUUGAUGGGUCUGUCUCCCGCGCUCACUGUGAUCACCGGAAACGCGAGUGUCGGCACCAACUACACUACAUUCAACAGCGCCACCGUUGCUAUUGACGGUGACUACUUUGCAGCGGUGAACAUCCGAUUUGAGAACACAGCCGGCAAGAUCAACAACCAGGCGGUGGCCCUGAGAGUGUCGGCAGACCAAUGCGCGUUUCAUAACUGCGAGUUCUGGGGCUUCCAGGAUACACUCUACACUCACAGCGGCCGCCAGUACUACCGCAACUGCUUUAUAACAGGCAAUGUGGACUUCAUCUUCGGAAAUGCAGCUGCCCUUUUCGACAACUGCACGAUUCAAAUCCGCCAGCACACCAGCGGCGCCCCUGUAUCAGCCUCCAGCCGCCAAACCCCCACAGACCCCACCGGCCUUGUCAUCAUGAAUUCCCGGGUAGUUGGCGAAACCACCCGUUGCGUUACGGGCUUUCUGGGCCGCCCUUGGAAGAGCUACGCUCGAGCGGCGGUUAUUAAUUCAUAUCUCUCACCUCAAAUCAGCUCGCUUGGGUGGAUGGAUUGGAACGGGCAGGUGAACGAUACUACGAGUUUUAUAGAGUUCAACAAUACAGGGCCGGGGGCCAACGGACCGCGCGUGCCAUGGCUACGGCCGGGAAUUCUUGCGAAUGUGACUGCAGUGAGUGACUUUUUACCGGAGAGGUUCCUGUACCCGUUCGGUGUGAUUCGAGCGCUGCUUCCAUGGCUGUGA